GAUACGCUAAAUUAUAUUUUGCCCAACAUUGGUCAGAUCAUUCUCCUGGAAUCAUUUCAGCCAGUUUGUGAUUAAUGUAGAUCAUAAUUACGCUCCCUUGCAAUCCUAAUACCAUUAGCACUUAACGACAACUAAACUUCAAUUCUUAAAUGUAAUCAGAAUUAACCAAAAUGCCAUCAAUUGCAAGACAACGCCGUGUCAACAGAAGUAAAGUAUUGGCCAAGAGAGGCCAAAAGUUUGCAGGAAACUCUAAAAUCAGACCUUUCAAUCCAUUAUGCGGAAAACUGAAGACCAACAACAGGUUAUUGGCAAAGGCUUUAUCAAUUCAAAAACAAGAAAAUCAAUUACUCUUCUCCGAAAAAGUCGAUCUCACUAGUCAGUUACAGACACUGAGACUGGCGUGCAACAAGCGUGAUAUGAUGCUUACAGAUAUACAAAACAAUGCCAAGGAAAUGUUGUCUAUGUUAGUAACGAUGACAAACUAUGUGACACAGACUAUAAUGUGUUGCCAACAAUUUUCACGUAAAAAUGACACUAGUUUGCAAAGUAACACUAGUCUUUCCACAAGACGAGAAUCAACUCGUAGACUUUCCACGAAAUCUCCAGCACGAGGAGUAGUCAAGCCCAUGGUCAGCGGUCACACAAUUACUAAACCUACAAUUAAUUUACGCAGAGUUAAUAUGUCACGGCUGAACAAUUUGCUAGAUCUCAGUGUUAUCCAAGAAACAUCUACAGAGCAUCAUGAUCAUUCCACAAUCAAUACGAGCGGGUCUAGACAUACUGCAGCUAUCACAAAUUCCAGCAGGCUUGGAUAUGAAAGUGAGCGCAGACGAAGACAGCCUGAGAGAAUACCAGUAGAAUUCGUAGGAGUUGACGAUGACGAGGCAGGUACACUCGACAGAUCGGAGACGAGGCUAUCUGGACGACAUUCUGGGGAGCUUUCCAAUAGACGUACAAGAAAACAUGGAAAGACCCUUAUUAAUCAAAUACAAAGCCCUAGCGUUGCAUUAUGCGAUGUUUCUAAGCUGCUAAGAAAUUCGCAAACGAUUAACAUUAGAAUGUUGCGAGACUCUCGGGGAAACGGAGACUUGCGGCUAUCAAACAGUGGAGAAAAUGAUUCGCAAAAUAUUGAUGCAGACUCAUCCAAUCUUGAUAUCAGUAUGCAAAAGACCAAAGGGUUACGAAAAAGCUUCGACAACACACUACAGACCCCUCCAAAUCUUCAAAAAUUACAGACUGAAAAAAGCUCAAAAACAAUACAAGAUACAGGUAUCGACCCAGAAGUGGAAGACCCUUUGGAAGGACCCAGCUGGUUACUAAAUCGUUCUACCAAUGAUCCGUCACUUGAAGAUACAGACGUCGAAAAUACUGCGCAAAUUUUCAGUAGAAAGCACGUUGUAAGAAAAAUAGACUCAUCAGACUCCGAAAAAGGAGUAGGGAACGAUUCUGAAGAUGAUAUGGAAUUUACGGAGUGCAUUAAUACUCGCCAAAGACUCCUGCAUGUUCCAACGACUAAAUUAAACUCUAAUCUGAAUGAUAUUAAUGCAGAUAUUUCAAAUCGUCACAUUGAGGAUGAGAGUAUUGAAAAUGUUGCUUUAAAUCCAGUCAAUGUAGUUCACUCACUGAACAGCUAUGAAAACAGAGAUGAACCGUCUUGUAAUCUAACUAUGAAUCAAUCAGAUGAAUUAAUUACAAUGAAUCGAUCACAUGAAUUUGUAACAGAUCGGCGUCGACGUUAUAUUGAAGAUGAUGAUGUUGAAGAAGAUACGAUCAUGUUGCAGAUUGCCAAAAGACCUCAACUUUCUAGGUUUAAUAUCAAUGAUCUUCGGUUACCAGUUUUAAAUAGUCCUGUUGCAGCCCCCAUGGAAUCUAACGAUUCAGAACCGGAAGUUACAACUACAAUUCAACGAAUAGUACAAUCUAAUGGCCCACCAAACUUGUAUGACGAAAAUGUCGAGAACAGAUUUUCGAAUCAUGUCAGUCUCCAACUACCGAGAAUUGAUGACCUCCCCAAAAUUCAUAAACCAAAACGUCCAACCAAAAAAAAGAAACUCGCCAAAAAUGUAACUUUUGACGAAAAUGAAUCUAGUGAUUCAGACUCUGAGUUGGUACUUAAAAGAAAAUUGACCAAGCCAAAAAAGCUCACAACUGUCAAAGACCCAAGCACUGCCAAAGUUUUGCUGGAAAAGCUCACCGACAGCCGCAUGAAAGCAAAGUCAACAACUCCUGAUCAGAGCAUUAUAGACAAAACCACUGACUUCGACACAGCAAAUCAGGGGAUGCUCGACAGUAGAAAUUCUGAUGCAGUUACUGAUAGCAAUAGCAGUACACACAGUACAAGUGAAGUGAGCAGGCCCAGACGACAAAGAGUACCAGUCAAUUUAAAAGAGCCAAGUUUACUAAAAAAACUCAGAAGAAACACCUGAACGAUUUACCGAACCAUAAGAAGUUCUAUUUGGGACUACAUUUUUAAACGUCGUUAUUAACCUUAUACUUUUUUUUACUGUAAAUUAUGUUAGUAUAAGAAGCUCCAAUUGAAGGUCAUUUACAUUCAUAUAUUAUCAACAUGACUUGUAAUACACGUUGUUACACACAUCAUAUUUGUAUAGCCCUCAAACAUGGCCGAACUUACACAAUCAUAUUGAUUUUGUGUUUGUUUAUUGUGGAGGAGUUGAAUCAGUAAUUUGUGUUCACACAAAGUACAAAAAGCAUUUGCUUUAGAAUCAAGUAUUUUCUUUAUUUGCUCACGUAGAAUAUUUUUUAAGCUUCAUUGUUUAAUACCAUUCAAGCUCGAAAUUUGUAAGUAAAUGCACAAAUCAACGACAAAAUUUUGUUAAACGAAAUACUGAAUUUUUUUUCUUGUACACGGUACAAUUUGAAGAGUAAAAACCUUCAAUUAAUUCAGAUCGGUUGUUGUUCAUGAAUAUGCCAGUAUAAUUAAGUCAAACUACUUGUCCUGUUCCUAAUUGUGACCACUUCUUGCUUUCACACCAUUUCUUCUCAUCCUGUUAUAUGUUCUUUCGGCAAAAAGUGUUACAAUGGAUAAUACAAUCCCUACAAUAAACAGAAGUUGUAAAAUGAUUGUAUCUUGAAGUUCUCUGCUUCUAAAACUCCGUGAAUCAUCCGAGAAAUGUUGUCCAAGCCCUAGCACAUUGCGAUUAAUUUUGCUUAUCAACCCAGUUUCCUUCAAUUUGCACAACCUAUGGAAAAAAUUGUUUAGUGUGUAACUAUCGUGCAUAUUCAACAAAUUCCUAAUGAUUUCGUAGCAAUAUGAAUCUCUAAUAUGCAAUCAUAGUCAUAUUUCAUAUGAGGCGGGGCGUCCAGCUCAUCCGAAUCACUUUUCUGUACAUGGAACUGUCAUUUUAACACGUACGAAAUUUUGGUUCUUAAUUUAAAAAAAGGCAAUUUUACAGAAUCAUUUACCCAGUUGUAGGGUGAUUUGGUAUUUAUCUCGCUAAAAUUUUUAAAAAGGUCAACACUUCUGCGCAUGAGGAGUAAUCUUUGAAUUUGCAUCUUUACUUCCUGUUGUCUGAAGGAUAUUUUCAAAAGUAAUUUGGGAAUGCAAACUUUUCACCAUUCAUUGUCAGACUAUGAAUUCGAACAUUUUUGAAAACAAUCAUGUUGAAAAUGUAAAAAUGCAUGGAAACAUGACAUCAAAAGCCAAAGUAAGACAAAUUUUCAUACAGGAAUAAAGCUGUUGAUCUCCAGGUGAUAAUAAGGGAUAGGAGUCACAAUGAAUAUCAACAAUUGUUGUUCUUUCAAAUGCGGGUAACUUUAGCAUACUAAUUGUUUGAAUGAGUAAAGAUUCAAAAUCUUAAAUGGCAAAAAAAUUGGUGGCUUAUACUCUGAAAAAUUAUCCAACUGAGCUGGAACCGCCUCAUAUACACUGUUUUGUUUUACCAUCCAUUGAUGAGGGGCAAAUACUCGUUAUGUUUAGACAUAGCAUAGGCAGUAUUCACUGUAUAUUCUUCAUCUGUUAAGUAGUGAAGCUCGCAAGGUAAUUGAGAUUGUAAUUCAAAAACUUGCAGUUUGCUAGCCAUAAAUGCAUAUUUGUUUUCAGAACAAACUCGUUGCAAUCCUUGUAAAUAUGUCGUCGGUAGCUUCGACACAUUUUGCUCCAUCAUAGCUGUAUUCAAUUUCAUAAGAAACGUAUCGUUCGUUUUCUGUAA